AUAGGACCUAUUCAAUAAAUGCUGUGCCAUAUUAAAAAAUUAAAAUCUCAAACUGUCACUAGAACUUUGUCCCUUUGGCUGCACAGCCUGAGCUUGCUGCUGCUAAAGAUGCUUUCUUGCUUCUUUCUGCAGGACUGUAGGAGCUGAGUAAUUAAAUUGCAUUGCACUCAGAAGUUUCAAUAAUUCAGCUUGGAUAUUCCAGCUUUGCAGGAAAUCUAAAUUGAUACUGGGAAAUCUCAGAACAUGUUCUUGUGCUCAGAAGAAAUUAUAUAACUCUUUUAACAGAGACAGAUUAAAAACAAAUCUGUCAGUAAGCUGCUGGUAUAGACUAUUCUGCUUAUUUCUAAUAUUGUUUAGCGGUUAAAAACAACUAAUUGCAAGAGAUUUGUUAUCCAUCUUGAAAUACAGAUCUUAAGGGGUCUUUACGGAGUCACAGUGGAACUUUUUUGGCAGUUUUUUGUUUGGUUUUAUGAGGGUUUGGGUGGCUGGGGUUUUUUUUAUUUUCAUUUUGGAUGGGACUUUUUGGUUUUUAUUUUUUUGGUUUGGUUUGGGUGUUUUUGCUUUUUAUCUUCUUGACUGCAUGGCAACAUAUCAUUUAGUACUAAAACUAAAAGGACAAUUGUCUGCCUUAAUGCCACCAUGAAGGAAUAUGUUUGCCUUAUUGAGUUAAGGAUUUAAAUCACUGCUGUUCAGAUUUUGAAAUGGCAAUCAGGAUGUUCAUUUGGACUGGGACCUCUUACAAGCUGGCCAAAGAUGCUUGUUGGUCUGAUAGCUAACUUUGAAUAGCUGUUUACUCUGAGUCUCUGUCUUAAUGAACCAUGAACUGUGAUAGCAGUUUUGAUGAAACAAUACAAUAUUACAAGUGUCUGUGUCUUGCAUUCUUGCCUAACAAAUGAAUUUUUUGUAACUGGACUCAUCAAGCUGGACUGAGGCUGCACCAGAUGAAGAUUUCUUUAAAUAAAAUAAUCCAAAUCAAGGCUUGAGUAGAGGGGAAAUUUGCCUGCCUUACUUUACACACUUCCCUCACCCUGCCACAAAAUCAGGGAAUAGAAAAAAAUAAAACUACUUUUAUUGAUUUUUUUCAAUUACCAUGGUAAUUCGGAAAAUCUUUACCUCAGAUCAUUAUUUUAAGAUUGUAUCCAAAUAUGUAACUCUUAACAGCUAAACAGAAGGUUAUUUAUGAGUGACUUGUGACUGUGUCCAACACAUGAUACUUUAAAUCUGGAUUACGGCAAACCACUGAAAAGGAAUGCUCUUCUAAAGAGCUGGCUUGUGGUUUGGAUUUUUGUGACAGAGUGAAGACUAAAAGACUUUUAGUCUCAUUCAAAUUCUCAAAAAAUAAUGUGUUGUUCUUUUAUAUUGGCUGGGGGAGGAGGAUUCCAAAGCUGUUAUGCACUGAACUUGCUCUUGUAAACAGCUCUGCUUUAGGAAUUAUUUGUUCUUUACAUGAGUCACUGUUACAACAACUUUUUCACUAGGCAGUUAAAGGUUCUUCUAAUUCAAUACAUCAUGUCUUUCCUAUAUUCAAAAGAUAUUGUUAAACAAAAUUGGUUUAUUUUUAGCCUUGCAAAUGCUUCAUAGUAUUUCCCCAAUCAGAGUGAAAGUGGAAUUUUCUGAAAAGUGGACUUUAGAGCACUUACAGUAAGGCAGUUUUGGCCAGUUACUGUCAUUCUUCAGUACACACUGCUUUUUGUUUGUUCUCUUGGUAAUAAAUAACUAAAGGAACGAAUAAAUAAAUUACAAAUUCAGUCACAAUAGUUCUGGUAUGCUCACCUACAAAAUGAGAACCGUGCUUGGUAUUCUGCAGCUUAUAGCCAUACUAUACAAUGUAGAGACAGUUGCCUCAGUUUGGGGGGAAAGCAGAAGCUCUUCAGAAAAAGCUUUCCACAGGGGAACAAGGGAAUUGAACGCUCCAUCUCCAAUAGAUUGCAAACUGAGCAGCUGGAGCACAUGGGGGCCCUGCGACCCAUGCACAAAUCAAAGGUUUCGCUCCAGACAUAUUGAAAGAUUUGGGCAAUUUGGUGGAAAAGCAUGCCUGGAGGCCCUAGGAGACACACAAACCUGUAAAACCAGCAAAGCCUGUCCUGAAGAACCAGAAGCAGACUGUGGUGCUGACUUUCAGUGCAGUUCGGGUCGAUGUAUAAAGCGAAGACUUGUGUGCAAUGUAGAUAAUGACUGUGGAGACUAUUCUGAUGAAGAUGACUGUGAAUCUGAACCACGGUCACCAUGUCGAAAGCAUGACAUUGAUGUGUCUGAAGCUGGCAGGACUGCAGGACAUGGAAUCAAUGUUUUAGGGAUGCAACCAAUGGCCAGCCCAUUUGACAAUGACUUUUUCAAUGGUCUUUGUGAGCGGGUGCGUGAUGGGAACACACGGACAUAUUACCGCAAGCCAUGGAAUGUGGCUGUUCUCACUUACGAUACAAAAGCAGACAAAACUUUCUCAUCUGUGUACUACCAUGAUCGUGUGAAAAUGUUACGAGAGGUUUACAUAGAAAAACAAAAAUAUUUUAGUGUUGAUGCCUCUUUGAAAUACACACCUACUGAUGGGAGUAACAAAAAUGCUUCAGAAGGACAUUUCAAAUAUGACUACAGAAAGAAUUAUGCAUUUGGUUCCAUCCUGCAAAGCUACACAGAAAGGAACCAAACCUUUCUGCAUGUAAAUGGACAGAUUCAGCUGGGAAGGUUCCAAAUUCGGAGUCGUGAUGUUCGUCUCACAGAUAGUUUCCUUGAUGAUUUAAAAUUUCUGCCUGCUGAAUACGACAAGGGGGAGUAUUUCAAAUUCCUAGAAGAUUAUGGAACUCACUAUGCUGUCUCUGGGACUGUAGGAGGAAGAUAUGAACUUGUUUACGUGCUGGAUAAUUAUGCUAUGUCUCGACUAGGAAUCACUGUAGAAGAUGUGAAAAAAUGCCUUGGCUAUCACUUAGAUGCCAAUAUCGUGUAUAAAAACAUACAAGCCAAUUUUAAUGUUGAUAGUGGUAAAUGUGAAAAUAUUUAUAGCAGAGAGAAAUCAGAAGCAAAUGAUAAUGCUGUCAUUGAUGAUGUCCUUUCCUUAGUUGAGGGAGGGAAGAUUGACUUUUCAGUUAAAAUCAAAGAAAUGUUACUACGAGGAGCCAAAGCCGUUGAUGUAGAGGAUUACAUAGAGUGGGCUAAAUCUUUGGUUGAUGCCCCAGUAGUGAUACAGCAAAGGCCUUCUCCAAUACAUACACUUGUUCCAGUUAAGAUAAGAGACGCGUAUUUAAAGAAACAAAAUUUGGAAAGAGCAAUUGAAGACUACAUUACUGAAUACAGUGUGUGCAAAUGUGAACCCUGUAAAAAUGGAGGCACCCUUGUGCUGGUAGAUGGAGUCUGUACAUGCCUGUGCUCAAGUUAUUUUAAGGGACUUGCUUGUCAAAUUCCUAAAUCUACAUUAGUGAAAGUUGUGACUGAUGGAGGCUGGAGCUGUUGGAGUGCCUGGUCCACCUGCAUCAAUGGGGAGAGUACUCGAACUCGCCAGUGUAAUAAUCCUGCACCAGGAUCUGAUGGCAGACCAUGCCAGGGAGAAAGCAUUGAAAAACGGCCCUGUGAAGAAGGGAAAUAGUUAUGCUUCUCAGAACCAGACAUGUGGAGUCCACUCUGGAAGCAGAAGUCUGAUAUUUACUUCUUCUGAAAAUCACACUAUGAGCUUUGAUUCAUCCUUCACAGAAUCACCCAGAGUUUCAGAAUGUGUCAGGUUGGAAGGGACCACACUGGGUCAUCUGGUCCAAUAUCCCUGCUCAAGCAGGGUCAUCCCAGAGCACAUAGCACAUGAUUGUGUCCAGAUGGUUCUUCAUUACAAUUCUUUUACAUUACAGUCAUAGUUGAGACACAAUAAAAUCAUUAACUUAGUGA